AUGUCGGACCAACCAGAACCUGCAAUAUCAGCAGAAUUAAAAGCCUGGCUUCAAGCUGCAAUUGCAGACUCUAUCCCCAAAGCCUUGGCAGCAUUUCAUGACCAGACAGCCACUAUUGCCACCAUCUCGCAGUUGUCAGACUCUGAUGAUUCCAGGGUCUCUGACCAUGACGAAGCCCCAAGCAAACGCCCGUGGAAGGGUAACAGUGCUUCUGCUGGCAAAGCCCCAGCAAAGACAGCUAAAUUGUCUCAUGCCAAACCCACUUUGACCUCAGAAUCUGACCUCUUAAAGGAUUCAACCUCUGGCUAUCACCUACGAGUGAUAGACGAAUACAAUGCGUAUCCAGAGGAGGAUCUCCCAG